ACAAAAAAAAAAAACAGAAAUCUCAACGACGAGGUAGAGAAGAAGAAGAAAAUACAGAUCAAUCUUCUUCAACCAAAAACAAAAUCUCAAUCUUCAAAAUUCGAAAACGAUGUCUUGUUCCGUCGCCGUCUGCAAUUCUCCGGUGUUUUCUCCGUCGCCGUCUCUCUUCUGCAACAAAGCUUCUAUACUCUCUUCGCCGCAGGAAACAAUCUCUCUCACUCUCUCCCAUCUCAAACCUUCGACGUCUUCUCCUUCCUCUCCUUCCUCCGCCGCCGCCGCUUCCCCCAAAUCCCCGUUCCGUCUCCGUUUCCAGAAACCACCGACCGGUUUCGCUCCUGCGCCGCUUAAUUUUGGAUCGGACUCUGUUUCCGGCCAAUCUCCUCCUGGAGGAGUUUUGAAGAGAAAACGGCCGACGAGGCUUGAUAUACCGAUUGGUACUGCUGGUUUCGGAGCUCCGGCGUCGGAGAUCUCGAUUGCGACGCCGAGGGAGGAGAGCAGAGAGGUAGAGAGAGAAGGCGAUGGUUACUCUGUUUAUUGUAAGAGAGGAAGAAGAGAAGCUAUGGAAGAUCGCUUCUCUGCCAUCACCAAUCUUCAAGGAGAUCACAAACAAGCGAUAUUUGGAGUCUACGAUGGUCACGGAGGAGUCAAAGCGGCUGAGUUUGCGGCUAAGAAUUUAGAUAAGAACGUUUUAGAAGAGGUAGUUGGUAAGAGAGACGAGUUAGAGAUAGCAGACGCGGUGAAACGCGGUUACUUAAACACAGACGUUGCGUUUCUCAGUGAGAAAGACGUUAAAGGCGGUUCCUGCUGCGUCACGGCUAUGUUCAGCGAUGGGAAACUCGUUGUGGCCAAUGCCGGUGAUUGUCGCGCCGUCAUGAGCGUAGGAGGUGUCGCGGAGGCUCUUUCUUCCGAUCACCGCCCCUCAAGAGACGAUGAACGGAAAAGAAUUGAAACCACGGGUGGAUAUGUUGAUACGUUCCACGGUGUUUGGAGAAUCCAGGGAUCUUUAGCUGUGUCAAGAGGAAUCGGUGAUGCUCAGCUCAAGAAAUGGGUUAUAGCCGAACCAGAGACGAAGAUGUUGAGAAUCGAUCAGGAACACGAGUUCUUGAUCUUGGCAUCGGAUGGUUUAUGGGACAAAGUGAGCAACCAAGAAGCAGUAGAUAUUGCUCGUCCUUUCUACGUAGGAACCGAGAAGAAGCCAUUGUUGUUAGCUUGUAAGAAGCUUGUCGAUCUCUCGGCUUCACGUGGCUCAUCGGAUGAUAUUAGCGUGAUGUUGAUCCCGUUGCGCCAGUUCAUCUAGAUAUAGAAGAUCAUCUUAUAGAUUUUAGAUAGAAAUUUGGAGGGCUUCCUUUGAUUUAGCAUUGUUUAACUUUAUUAAUUCAUUUAUUUAUUCUUUCUAACUUUAGUGAAAAGCUAAACACAAUGUGGCCUAUGUACUUGUAUGAAUCGAGCAUUGGUCGAAUUUAUUAUAAUUAUCA